GUGUGUGAAGGCUUGCAUCUCCUUUAAAUCUUCUCCCGUGUUAUUAAGCAGCGUCUUUCUGUGAUGAUCGAGUCCUCCUGUGAUCUUCAGGACACGUAAACUCUGCUGCCUGAGCAGGUUGGACUUGAUAAUAAUAUACAAAGUACAAGCCCUGUGCAUCCAGGUAGAGAGCAGUGACCGGGAAGAAGGCGGACAUGUCAGCCAGGAGCGAGAGAGGAGAACUGGGCUGAGGAGCGGAGCUCAGGUUUUUGUCAAUAGUUCUUGUCUCUCCUUCCUGGAGGUCCCUCCCAAUGUCAGUGACUGCAGUCGUCGUGGACUAGAGAUGCUCCUAUCCUAUGUGAAGCUCCAAAAUACUGAGCAGGAGAUGUCGGGACGGAGGAAAAUGACGAUUUCCAUGAGAACGGUGCUGGUGGUGGCAGUCCUGACAUCUGUUCUUCUGGUGUUUUUAACCAGAAAAAAGUGCAGAUCUCCAAAAUAAGCAUGCUCCAGUUGUGUAACUGUCAGUCACGCAAUGCCCCCCUUGAUUCGCCCCGCCCGAUGGAAACGGAUGACGAAAUUGAAGAGCUCUUCGACAAGAUCGACAAGCAGAUUCCCCAGGUGACGAUCGAUGACAUCGAUGAAGCGACCAGCCCGGAAAAAAGCAUGACUGCCAUCAUCGACCCCAAAGAUGAGUAUUGCGUCGGCGACCAGCUGCAGGUGAAGGUGACGGCCUACGACUACUUGGGGAACAGGAAACCGUACGGUGGAGACUACCUGAGGGCAAGAAUAUACUCACCCGAUACAAACAGCAGCGCCAGCGGGAGCAUCACAGACUCUAAGGACGGGACCUACCUGGUAAAAUUCACCCUCUUCUGGGCAGGGUCUGUACACUUAUCUAUAUUACUAAUGCACCCCAGCGAGGCUGCCUCUGCCCUAUGGAGGGCGAGGAACCAGGGCUUUGCCAAUAUCAAGUACACGGGAAACUUCACGAGCGCCACGGAGUACGAGAACAGCGAAUGCGGCUUUGAGUUGGACACGGAAAAGGAAAUCUGCCAUUACGUGGACAAGAGAGACCGCGAGGCCUUCUACUGCGUCAAGCCGAAGCGUUACCCGUGCGAGGCCUUGACCCACAUGAACUCCGUCAAUCGAGACCACUCGUAUCUGAGCGAGGUGGAGCGGCUACUGAUCAACAGGUCCAAUAUCGGCAUGGAAAUUUCUAAGGCUUUAGAUCGAGUAACUGUCCUGAACUGUGGCCAAAAAAUAUUGUCACCGACGGAGAGAUGCGGCCUGGGGUCCUAUUACCCGAUCCCAAGCGGAUAUUUCCAUCACAAUGUGUGGAAUCCCGUCCACUGCCGGAUGUCGCCAUUCACGGACAAUGACAAACUGAAAGACUUCCUGAAGGGGAAAAAACUGCUUCUUAUGGGGGACUCCACAGUGCGGCAGUAUAUACGGCACUUUGCUGAGAAUCUUAAGAUUGUAGAUUAUUUUAACCACACAGAAGAUGAGAUGCAAUCUUGGCAGAAGACUCUUCUAGCAAUAAACCAGGAAAAGUUUAUCUACAUCCAGUGGAAGAAACACACUUUUCCAUUUGUCAGCAAAACCUUCUACUCCAUCAAAGAGGACGCAUACAUGGCCCGGCAGAUCGACCAGGUCGGUGGAGGAGAAAACACAAUCAUUGUCCUCACCUUAGGACAGCACUUCAGGCCUUUCCCACUACGAGUCUUCAUCAGGUCGGCCAUUAACGUCCGUAAGGCUGUAGAGCGGCUCUUCAUCCGUAGCCCCAGGACCAAGGUGAUCAUCAAGGAGGAGAAUGCCCGGGACAUGGACAUCGACAUGGAGCGGUUCAGUGACUUCCAUGGAUAUGUCCAGUAUCUGCUGCUCAGGGAGAUCUUUCGUGGGUUAAAUGUUGGGUUCGUUGAUGGUUUGGACAUGACCAUAGCUUAUGCAUGUGAUGUCAUUCAUCCCCCACAGGAGGUUCUGGAGAACAUCAUCAGCAUGUCCUUCACUCAAGCUUCACUGUAGUACAUUAUGGGACCCACAAGACAUAGUAAAGGUCAAUUCAAGAUACAAACUUCUUCAUAGCCUGACCAUUAGGGGGCAGUAGUCACUGGUGUAAUAAAGAUACUCAUUUUAGUUUGACAUCUAAAGUCAUUGGCCAGAAAUGUUAUUAGGGUGGUCAUCACUUCUCUUCUUCUACCCCACUUGGCGGCUCGUACUCAGUAGUGGUCGACAAGGAGGGCAGAAGAAAACCCUUCCCAGGGUAGAAAGGAUAUAGAUUUAAACCUGUGUUCUCUUCAGUGCACCAGUAACCAAAGGAAGAAAUAGGAUCUGGGGCACCUUGUAGGUCUUCUCGAUGCCGGCAAUCUGAAUGACAUUCAGACACGAUUCCAAAACUAGCAGUGAAGUAACAUCAUUAACAUUUCAAGUGUGCAUUGUAAUUAAUGAAUUCAUCUUAAUUAUUAAUGGGGAAAUGGUAUGUAACUGUGCCAAACAUGAAGCGCAUUAAGUUUCAGCGGUACUAUAUCGCCCUCUUAUGGCACACUGGUAUAACUACAUGUGAAAUUGGAUGGACUGCAAAUGUAGUAGGAGAAUAGACUGGACUUACCAUUACAGAUAAUCAAGCUCCCAGGGGUCUCCUCAGGCAUUAUUAAGGAUCCUUAAUAAUAAUACAACACUA